AUGAACGCCAGCUUCCUCCACAUCCUAAAAUCAAAAAAAGAACUCAUUCCCCUGGUUGGAAUAGUGUCCCUUGCAGCAGUUGGGGCGCUCUCUUUUUCUGCGUAUUCCCUGUUCAGCAAAUCCGAUGUGAUCAUUAACAAGAGUGGCAACCCAGAACCAUGGGAAACUGUUGAUCCUACCAAACCUCAGAAGCUCUUAACAAUCAAUCAGAAAUGGAAACCUGUAGAAGAGCUGGAACAAGUCAAAAAGCUUACGAAGUGA